UUUCCUUCCGGACUCCCGAUCGAUCAGGAGCUCCGGGAAUUUCCCGGGCCAGGGGGCUCCGGGCUUUCCAGCCCUAACUAUGCAUAAAAAGGUUUCGCCGACCUCGGGGAGCCACAGAUCCCGGGCCGCAGGCACCUCCCCGCCAGCUCUCCCGCUCCUCGCACGGCCGCCAGACCCGCCUGCUGAGCCCCAUGGCCCGCGCCGAGCUCUCCGCCGACUCCAGCAACCCCCGGCUCCUGCGGGCGGCGCUGCUGCUCCUGCUCCUGGUGGCCGCCGGCCGGCGCGCAGCAGGAGCUCCCCUGGCCAAUGAACUGCGCUGCCAUUGUCUGCAGACCCUGCAGGGAAUUCACCUCAAGAACAUCCAAAGUGUGGAAGUGAAGCGGCCGGGACCCCACUGCGACCAAACCGAAGUCAUAGCCGCACUCAAGAAUGGGCAGAAAGCUUGUCUGAACCCCGCAUCCCCCAUUGUUAAGAAAAUCAUCGAAAAGAUUCUGAACAGUGACAAACCCAACUGACCAGAAGGAAGGAGGAAGCUCAUUGGUGGCUGCUCAUUAAGGAGGCCCUGCCCUUAUAGGAACAGGAGAGGAAAGAGAAGACACAGCUGCAGAGGCCACCUGGACUGCACCUAAUGUGUUUGAGCAUCGCUUAGGAGAAGUUUUCUAUUUAUUUAUUUAUUCAUUAAUUUGUGAAGAUUCUAUAUUAAUAUUUUAGGUAUAAAAUAAUUAAGGGUAUGAUGGAAUCUACUUGCACACUGUCCCAGAAUAUUUUCUUUUUUAAAUGUCAACCCCAAGUUAGUUCUAUCUAGAUUCGUAUUUAAUUUGAAAUAAUUAAUAGAAUGUUUUCAAAUGUUCUCCAGUCAUGUUAAUAUUUUUGAGGAGUCUGCAACAUGCCAGCCACUGUGAUAGAGGCUGGGGGAUUCAAGCAAAUGACCAGUGGGAUCAUUGUAAGGGCAGGGGAAUGUAUGUUCACAUCUGUUUUGUAACUGUUUAGACAAAUGUCCGUUGUUAUUUAUUGAAAUGAUUUCACAGUGUGUGGUCAACAUUUCUCUUGUUGAAACUUUAAGAACUAAAAUGUUCUAAAUAUCCCUUGGACAUUUUAUGUCUUUCUUGUAAGGCAUACUGCCUUGUUUAAUGUUAGUUUUACUGUGUUUCUGUCUUAGAACAAAGGGGUUUAAAUAUUGAUAUUUACAUCAAGAAUAUAAAAAUAAAGCACUU